AUGAUCCGGCCAAGAAUGAACCCAGCAGACACAGAGUCUGGCCUGGACUCAUUGCCUGCAUCUCCCAUAAAUCCUUUUGAGGAGGAGGACUCCUAUCAAUAUCUUGACCACAUUAUUCACUUCUUUGGACUUUGGAAGGAGGCUGAUGAUCCCUGCCUCAAACAGCUUUUUUUGAAGUUCGCGCUCGAUGUGGUUGUAGAAAAACCCUGGCUGUGGGGCUCACUACCAGAGUUCCUCUUUGAUUUUAUUGGCCCCCCUGGUUCCCAGCCUGCUGGCUCCCUUCCCGCUCCAGAGGUGGCUAGCUUUCAGCCUACAGGCCCUGAGCCCUCUCUCUGCAGUGUGGGUAUAGUGAGCCUGCAGCCUGUUGACAACCCAGGACCUGCAGCCCCUUUCUCUGUUAACCAGGAGGUUAACAGACAUGUCUCUGCACCACCAACAAACCCCACUACUCCUGCCCCCCCUGAUAGUUCUGCUGAUGAUUGUAAGUCUCCCUUCUGGGGAACCCGCCUGGCCUGUAAAACGCCACCUAGUGAAAAGCGAGGUUUCCGAAGCAGAGGAAGCCGACAGUCAACUCCCAUGAGCAUCUCGUCUAGUGAGCUGACCUCCUUUUUGUUGGAUAGAGCCUUGGGUUUAGACAAUUUUGAGGCUUUAUCACCCAGUUCUCCAACUGAACAUGGCCACUUUGACUCUAAAGAGCCACUUCCUGGAAGACUUUCCAGGAAGAGGCGUGGCUCCAGGCAACGCCAGACCUCGCCGCUCCUCAGCGCCGCAGAGGUCCCAACGCGUCCGUCACACCGGUCCUGUAUUCUGGCCAUUCCUGGGCGGGUCGACGCCGCCUCCGAUCCUGUCCGUGUCUCCGAGCGGGUCGACGCCGCCGUCUCUACCGAUGCUGUUCCCGAGCGGGUCGACGCCGUCUCUACCGGCUCGAGAAGCUGGGACAUCCUUGACCCAAAUCAAGCUCUUCCUGGCGAGCAGACUGCCCCAGCUUCUCAUGCUUCUGAGCCCCAGCCUACUUUGGCAUCCUCUGCUCCAGAGGGGCUCCGCCGUCGCUGGCUCCCGGCCCGAGUCCAGCCCCUCACAGGGGCUCCACCGUCGCCUGCUCUCGGCCAGAGUCCGGCCCCUCACAGGGGCUCCGACGUUGCCGUCUCCCGGCCCGAGUCCGCCCCCUCACAAGGGCUCCGCCGUCGCCGGCUCCCGGCCCGAGUCCGGCCCCUGAGGGGGGCUCCGACGUCGCCUUCUCCCGGACCGAGAGGAGGAAGAGGCUCAGGAGGAGGCUGGAGAGGUGGAGGCGGAUCAGGAAGCCAAACAGCGAGCACUCAGAGAGUCCUCACGCAGACCACCAUGGAUGCGCUGUGUCCCUACAAAGGAUGGAGUCUGUACUUCACAGACAGCUUCAUCGAGAGUUCACCCAGUGUGGUGAAGAUCAAAGUGUUUGAGAAGUAUUUCACUUCUAGGAUUCACCUGUAUGACAAGGAUGAGAUCGAGCGUCAGGGCAGCGUUCUGGUGGAUUAUUCAGACCUGACCGGAGACAAAGCUGUCCGUGCUGCACUUCCUGACAUCGUCACAGAGCUGAAGGAGCAGCCGGAGGUGAUGCUCAGCUGUUUGGGAGUGGCCAUCCAUCAGGUGUUGACUGUGGAUUUGGAGAAACAAGCCGCUGAGCUGCAGGAGGAGGAGCUUCCCGUCGCUGCGCCAAUCAUCAACAUCCCUCACAUCAGCGCCAGGCUGUAUAACUACGAGCCGCUGACGCCGCUGCGGACGCUUCGUGCUGGAGUGUUCGGCCGGCUGGUUUGCGUGAAGGGAACCGUGGUCAGAGUGAGCAACAUCCGGCCUCAGUGCAGCCGGAUGGCCUUCAGGUGUCUGACCUGCUCACAGACUCUGUCUCUGGUGCUGCAGCACGGAAAGUACGCCACGCCGAUCAAGUGUGUCCAGCCCGGCUGUCGAAGUCGCUCCUUCGCUCCCUGCUACAGCUCUCCUCUGACGCACACCGUCGACUGGCAGGUUAUUAAGGUGCAGGAGCUGAUGAGCGGCGAGCAGAGGGAGACUGGACGAAUCCCGCGGACCGUAGAGUGUCACCUGACCUCCGACCUCUGCGACAGCUGCGUCCCUGGAGACACGGUCACUGUGACGGGGAUCGUCAGAGUCAUCAGUGACGGCAGCUCCAGAGGGAACAAGGAUCAGUGCAUGUUUCUGCUCUACAUCGAAGCGACUUCCGUCAGCAACACCAAAGGUCAGCAGUCCAAGUCGGGAGCUCAGGGGUCGAGAGGGUCGGCUGAAGAUCGCUCUGCAGGGGAGGAGUUCAGUCUGAAGGAGCUUUAUGCCGUCCAGGAGAUCCAGUCACAGCCAGACCUGCUGCGACUGAUCGUACACUCUUUGUGUCCCGUCAUCUACGGCCACCUGCUGGUGAAAGCGGCUCUGGCUCUGGCCUUGUUUGGAGGCCGACAGAAACACACCGACAAGAACAGCGUCCCGGUGAGAGGAGACCCUCACAUCCUGAUCGUGGGAGACCCUGGACUGGGGAAGAGUCAGAUGCUGCAGGCGGUUUGUAAUGUGGCUCCGAGGGGGAUUUAUGUGUGUGGCAACAGCACCAGCACCACAGGACUGACAGUGAGUUUAUCCAGAGAUGCAGGAACGGGGGAUUACGCUCUGGAGGCCGGCGCCUUGGUGUUGGCCGACCAAGGCAUGUGCUGCAUCGAUGAGUUCGAUAAGUUGGGUCAGCAGCAGCAGGCCCUGCUGGAAGCCAUGGAGCAGCAGUCGGUGAGUCUGGCGAAGGCUGGAAUCGUGUCCUCGCUGCCCGCCAGGACGUCUGUCGUUGCUGCUGCGAACCCCAUCGGAGGACAUUACACCAGAGGAAAGACGGUCUCAGAGAAUCUCAAAAUGGGCUCGGCUCUGCUCUCUCGCUUCGACGUCGUCUUCCUCCUCCUGGACAUCCCCGACGAGUCGCACGACCGCCGCCUGUCGGAGCACGUCAUGGCGAACAGGGCGGGAAGAGGCAGGACCAGCAGCGCCGUGGUUACCAGGAAUAACGCCGAGCUCGAGACCUCAGUCCUGCUGGAGCACUCAGACAUGCCGCUGUCGGAGCGCCUGCAGAUCCCUGCAGGUGAAACCAUGGAUCCCAUCCCAGCGAGCCUGCUGAGGAAGUACGUCAGCUACGCCCGUCAGUACGUCCAUCCCUCGCUGUCCCCUGAAGCAGCUCAGACCCUGCAGGACUUCUAUCUGUCGCUGAGAGCUCAGGCUCACACUGCCGACGCGACGCCCAUCACCACCAGGCAGCUGGAGUCCCUGAUCAGACUCACAGAGGCAAGAGCCAAACUGGAGCUCAGAGAAACGGCAACGAAGAGCGACGCCGAGGACGUGGUGGAGAUCAUGAAACACAGUCUGGCCGACACGUAUUCGGACGGUUUGGGAAACCUGGACUUUGAGCGCUCUCAGCUCGGCUCAGGAAUGAGUCAGCGCAGCGCCGGGAAGCGGUUGGUCAACGCGCUGCACUCGCACGCUCAGAGGACCAAUCAGAAGCAGUUUGACCUGCAGAUGCUUCGUUCCAUCGCCGACAGACUGAACAUUAAGGUGAUGGACUUUCAAGGUCUCCUGAGUUCGCUGAACGAACAAGGCUUCCUGCUGAAGAAAGGGUCCAAACUGUACCAGCUGCAGACCGUCUGACCGACACAAGCCUGCACCGAACCACGAGGUCAGUGAUCGGGUUGAAUCAAGACGUAAACUGUCCACGGAGCCAAAUAUUACAGAGUUAUGUACGCAAAGAUAUUCAGUUUACUGUCGGAGGAGGAGAGAAAACAGAAAAUACUCACAUUUAACAAACAAAUGUUCUGUAAUUGUUGAAUAUAGUCACUGAAGCUGGACUUUGAUACGGAAAAAAAGUGGUUUAUUCUCACUGUUGAUGUUUUGUUUUUCACACUUUUCACAAGAAGAACCUACUUUACCAACUGGCCGCGCUUUAGAAGAAGAAUGUAUUUAAAAUCAAUUGUAUGUAUAGUAUUUAUGUAUAAAUGUAUAGUUGAAUGUAAAGUUCAGUGUCAAUGGAAUUGUAAUUUUCUUAUUUUUAUAAAUAUUUUAAAAACUUGA